GUUUCAUCGCUUUCAAGUUUCAUUUGAAGCUGGAUCAUGGCGUCUAUGGCAGCAACAUUCCAGCGCUUGGCUACACGCAUCCCCAGCUCUGUCGUAACUUCUGGUGCAUGUUCCUGCAAGCAGCUUCGUGCCAAGCAGGCAGCAUUGUGGACACCCGCAGUUUCCGCUUCACAGAACAGUUCCGCCAAGGGUUUCCUCGCUGAAAAUUCUUCAGCGAAGCAGGGCUUGCCUUUAGGUCAAGUUGGGAAGGGAUUUCUCGGCAGAGGCCUUCUGAAGCUUCACGCCGCAGAAUCUAGGCACGUUCGGCGAGCUACCAUGAGUGCUGAUGCCGGCGUACAGGGCCUGGAGAACAACCCGCUUUUGGCGGACGCCCCUUUUCCUCUGUUUGACCAAGUUGAAGCGAAGGAUGUGGUGCCGGCAAUCAGGAGCCUGUUGAAAGAUCUGACGAAGGACCUCGAAUCAUUGGAGGCGUCUGUGGCGCCUUCCUGGCCUGGCCUGGUAGAGCCUCUGGAGCGGCUGGGGGAUAAGCUGUCGGUUGCGUGGGGCACCAUAAGCCACUUAAAGGCAGUGAAGGACACCAAGGAGCUGCGGGAUGCGGUUGAAGAAGUCCAGCCGGAACGAGUGGCAUUCUCCCUGCGGGUCGGGCAGAGCAAGCCCAUCUACGAGGCCUACCGGGCCCUCCGGGACGGCCCCGAGUGGGAGUCCCUUUCGGAGGCGCAGCAGCGGAUCGUGGAGGCGGAAUUGAGAGAAGCCACGCUGAGCGGGGUGGCCCUGGAAGGGAAGGAGAAGGAGCGAUUCAACGAGAUCCAGCAGGAGCUUGCCCAGCUGUCCACCCAGUUCUCCAACAACCUCCUCGACGCCACCAAGGCCUACAAGAAGCUCCUUACAGACCCCGCCGAGAUCAACGGCCUCCCGCCGUCUGCGCUCGGUCUCGCCGCGCAGACCGCCGCCGCAAACGGGCACGAGAACGCGACUGCAGAAUCGGGUCCCUGGAUGUUCACGCUCGACAUGCCGAGCUACGUCCCGGUUCUACAACACGCGAAGAACCGCGCGCUGCGCGAGGAGAUGUACCGCGCGUACUUGACGAGGGCCAGUACCGGGGACGUUGACAACACGCCGAUCAUCGAGAAAAUUCUGGCGCUCAAGAAGGAGAAGGCGCAGCUGCUAGGGUUCGAGUGUCACGCUGACGUCAGCCUGGCGACCAAGAUGGCAACGCUCGAGCGCGCGCAGGGGCUGCUGGAGGAGCUGCGCGCGGCGUCCUGGGAUGCGGCGCUCAAGGACCUGGAGGACCUGAAGGCGUUCGCGGCUGAGUCGGGCGCGCCCGAGGGGAGCGAUCUGAAGCACUGGGACAUCACGUAUUGGGCGGAGCGCUUGCGGGAAGCCAAGUACAGCAUCAACGACGAAGAGUUGCGGCCGUACUUCGCUCUGCCGAGCGUGCUGGAGGGCAUGUUUGGGCUCGCGCACAAGCUGUUUGGGGUGACGGUCGAGGCAGCCGACGGAAAAGCGCCGGUCUGGCACAAAGACGUGCGCUUCUUCCAACUCACCGGCCCCGACUCCAAGCCCGCCGCCUACUUCUACCUCGACCCCUACUCCCGUCCUGCCGAGAAGCGGGGGGGUGCUUGGAUGGACGAAGUGCUAGGGCGGAGCAAGCUUCUGGCCCCCCCGGGAGAGUCAGUCCGGUUACCGGUCGCCCAUAUGGUGUGUAACCAGACGCCUCCGGUCGGCGACCAACCGAGCUUGAUGACGUUCCGGGAAGUCGAGACGCUCUUCCACGAGUUUGGGCAUGCGUUGCAGCACAUGCUAACCCGGCAAGACGAGGGCUUCGUCGCGGGUAUCCGCAACGUGGAGUGGGACGCCGUCGAGCUGCCGAGCCAGUUCAUGGAGAACUGGUGCUAUCACCGGGCGACGCUCAUGGGCUUCGCGCGCCAUUUCGAGACGGGGGAACCGCUCCCCGAGGACAUCUACAAAAAGCUGGUGACGGCCCGAACGUUCCGGGCGGCCAGCCAGAUGAUGCGCCAGAUCCACUUCGCUUCCGUAGACCUGGACCUCCACUCCCGUUUCGCCCCAGGGGGGUCCGAGUCCGUCUUCGACGCCGACCGUCGUAUCGCCCAAAAGACGAUGGUCAUGCCCCCCCUUCCGGAAGACCGUUUCCUCUGCGGUUUCGCCCACAUCUUCGCAGGGGGUUAUUCUGCCGGUUAUUACAGUUACAAGUGGGCCGAGGUUUUGUCCGCUGACGCCUUUUCGGCGUUCGAGGAAGUGGGGCUGGAAAACGAGAAGCGGGUGCAAGAAACCGGGCGGCGGUUUGCGGAGACGGUGCUGGGGUUGGGCGGCGGGAAGGCGCCGCUGGAGGUGUUCAAGGAGUUCCGGGGAAGAGAGCCGUCGACGGAACCGUUGCUCCGACAUAGUGGACUGCUGGCAACAGCGACUGCAUAAACCUGCUGUUAGUCAAAGACAGUCUAUGUAUGUUCUAGGUUUUAGGGGCGAUCUGCCGCUGUUGUUAGACACGCUACCACAACCCGACCUCUUAAUUGGACGCUUGACUGGAGAAAACCGGCACUUGCAUGUAUGAAAUGUCAUUCGCGCCUGGCCGUUCUCUCAUGUACAGACUUCGAUUGUAUUGUGAGACAAGGAAUUAGCGCCAUGCGAGUUCUAGUUGUACUCCCUGCAAGAUGACCUGAGCGAUUGAACCUGGCAACGUAUUCCGUGACAGAAGUUAUCGUCGAGUUAACCUCAUCUCCCGU